AUGGUUGGUCACCGGGUUGGCAAGGUACUGGAGCUCAGAGCAGUAGGAAGCCAUGGCGAUCUCGGUGCCCUUGAAGCCGUAGUCCAGGCUGGGGUUGCGGCUGCCAGCCAGGUUGGAGGUCAGCCCGUUGUUGUAGAACUCGUUGACGAGCUCCGAGAACUGCGCGAACAUGAGCUUGCCAAUGUUGGCGAUGGCGAGACGGGUGUUGUCCAUGGACACACCGAUGGGCGUGCCCUGGAAGUUGCCGCCAUGGAGCGCCUUGCCACGGUGGACGUCGAUGACGGGGUUGUCGUUGACGGAGUUGACCUCGCGCUCGAUGGACUUGGUGGCAGACCGGAUGACCUCGAUCUGGGGGCCGAGCCACUGCGGCGACGUGCGGAGCGCGUACCUGUCUUGCUUGGGCUUGAGCUGCGUGUCAAUCUCGUUGACCUUCUUGGCGUGGCCCAUGAAGGCGCUGCCGGCCAGGAUGUGCUCCAUGAUGGCCGCGGCCUCGAUGGAGCCCGGGUGGUGCUUGAGCUUGUGGGUGAGGUGGUCGGUGAACUCGGGCUUGCCGUUCAUCACCUCGCAGAAGACGGCGGACAGGACCUCGGAGAGAACAGCGAGGACGUUGCAGUCGAACAGCACCGUGGCCGCGAGCGCAGAGCCCACGGACGUGCCGUUGACAAUGGCGAGCCCCUCCUUGGGGUUGAGCUUGAAGAAGCCGCCCUCGAUGCCAGCGGCCUUGAACGCCUCGGCGGCGUCCACCUUCUUCCCGUCAACAGUGGUGGCCUGCGCGUUGGGGCGUCCGGUGAUGAGGCCGGCGAUGUAGGACAGUGGCACAAGGUCGCCGGAGGCGGUGAUGGUGCCCCGGAGCGGGAGGCAGGGGCUGACGCCGGUGUUGAGCAGCUUGGUGAUGGCCUCGAGGAUCUCGAAGCGGAUGCCGGAGUAGCCCUGGAGGAGGGUGUUGAUGCGCACGAGCAUGGCCGCACGGGACACCUCCGCCGGCAGCGAGUGGCCAUCGGCGCCGGGGCCAAAGAUUCCAGCCUGAGGAUCCACUCGCUGCUGGCCUUGACGCGGGGCUGGCGCCCUCGAUCUUCACCACGGGCUCGCGGAACUGCGCCACCAUCCGCUUCACCUCGUCGAGGUGGCUGCCGGUGA